UGAGGAAAUAGCAAGCAGACUGUGUUCCUUUUAUUAGGUGAUUCAAACUGUUUCCUGCCUGAUUAACCUCAAAAAUCCUUAAAAAAUUGAGGAUAUCUAACAGAACCUUGAGAGAAGGAAUUGUGGUUUUUUUAGAAGAGUUUUUGAUUAAAGUUCUUGGCUGAAGAAGAAAAGAAGCAAGUUGUCUUUCACCCAGACGUUGGUUUGUGGUUUGGAUUCCCCAUGGCUUCCAGCCACGCUUGUAACCUCAGGGUGCUGGUGGCCGUCGUGUGUGGCCUGCUGACUGCCCUUGUUGUGGGACUGGGCUUCUGGAGGCUGGCGAUCAGGAUCCAGAGAGGAACAGUUACGCCUUCAUCAAGCACCCCUAUAGAGUUCUGCAAGAAUGGUGGAACCUGGCAAAAUGGCAGAUGCAUUUGUCCAGAAGAGUGGAAAGGACUGAGAUGUACAAUCAUUAAUUUCUGUGAAAACAGUACCUAUGGGAAUUUUACUUUUAACAGAAUUCCCGUGGGAAGAUAUGGAUCAUCCUUGCAAGUAUGUGACAAGAACACUCUAAAUGCGGGCAAUCCAUUGGCAAUUCGGCAGUGCAUUAAUGAAAAUGGAGAAAUAAAAUUACAAAAUGUGACGAUAGGAAAUUGUAAUCAAAGUCUGGAAACCCUGGAAAAGCAGAUUGUCAAUAUCUCAACACAGUCUCAAAGUAUUUCUAAUGAAGUCCAGAUUUUAACAUCGAAUGCCAGUAAAUUAACUCCUGAGAACAUCAUGUCUGCUACGAAAGUGGUUGGACAGAUUUUUAACACAUCCAGAAAUGCUUCAUCUGAGGCGAAAAAAGUUGCUGUGACAACAGUGAGUCAACUUCUAGAUGCCAGUGAAGAUGUUUUCCAAAGAGCUGCUACUGCUGCUGAUAGUGAUGAUGCCUUUGCAACGCUUAUUGAGCAAAUGGAGACAUAUUCCUUGUCUUUGGGCACCCAGCCAUUGAUAGAACCUAAUAUAGCAAUACAGUCAGUUAAUUUCUCUUCAGGAGGCAAUGAGGGGUCUACAGGUGUUCUGUUCACUGUACUGAAAGGAGCUAGCGAUUCUCUGACUUUUGGUUCCACGUCUGUAGAGGUAGACGUAGACAAACUGAAUCCCGAUGAACAGGCUGAACUUCAGAUCUUGCUGAACACCUCGAAAAUUAAUGUCAAGGCAUGUGGCUUUGUAGUGUAUCAAAACAACAAGCUUUUCCAAUCAAAAACUUUUAUAACUAAAUCAGACUUUAGUCAAAAAAUUGUCUCAAGCAAAACAGAUGAAAACGUGGAAGAUCAGAGUGCUUCUGUUGAAAUGGUCUUUAAUCCAAGGUACAACCGAACAGAAUUCCAGCUUCAUUCCUAUGCCUGCGUCUAUUGGAAUUUUUCCAUGAAGGAUUGGGACACACACGGCUGUCACAAACGGGGGGCCACUGAUGGAUUUCUAUACUGCUACUGCAACCAUACUACUAACUUUGCAGUAUUAAUGAGUUUCAAAAAGAAAUAUAAAUAUCCUGAAUCACUAGAUGUAUUUUCCACAUUUGGAUGUGCACUGUCCAUUGCUGGUCUGGCUCUCACAAUUAUAUUUCAGAUCGGCACCAGGAAAGUCAGAAAAACCUCAGUCACCUGGGUGUUGGUUAGUCUGUGUGCGUCCAUGUUGAUCUUCAACCUCUUCUUCGUGUUUGGAGUUGAAAACUCCAAUAAGAACAUAGAGACAAGCAGUGGUGAGACCAGUGGUGCUAACCUGAGUGAGAAUGAAAUGCUCAGACAGGACACUGUUGUCGUCGCGAAUCCCAAGUGCACUGCGGUUGCUGUCUUGCUGCACUACUUUGGGUUAGCGACCUUUGUCUGGAUGGGACUCAGUGCGGCCCAGCUCUGCUUCCUGCUGAUUAGGACCAUGAAGCCACUUCCUCAGCAUUUCAUCCUCUUUACCUCUUUAAUUGGAUGGGGAGUCCCGGCUAUAGUGGUGGCUGUGACAGUGGGAAUUAUUUGUUCUCAGAAUGGAAAUAAUUCACAGUGGGAGUUAGACUACCGGCAAGAGGAAAUCUGCUGGCUGGCAACUCAAGGAAGCAGUGGUCUGAUAGCAAGUCCAUUGUUGUGGUCAUUCGUUGUACCUGUGACCCUUAUCCUCAUCAGCAACAUUGUUAUGUUUAUUAUCAUUGUAAUCAAAGUACUGUGGAAGAAUAAUCAGAAUCUGACAAGCACAAAGAAGGUUUCAUCCCUAAAGAAGAUUCUUAGCACAUUAUCUGUUGCAGUUGUCUUUGGAAUUACCUGGAUUCUGGCAUACUUAAUGCUAACUGAUAAUGAUGACAUCAGGGUCAUCUUCAGCUACAUAUUCUGCCUUUUCAACACAACUCAGGGAUUGCAAAUUUUUAUCCUCUACACUGUGAGAACAAAAAUCUUCCAGAGCAAAGCUUCCGAAGUGUUGAAGUCGUUGUCGUCCACCGCUGGCAGAGUGAAGGUGCUGCCGUCGAUGCCACUGAGGCUGCGUGUGAGGAUGUACAGCAUGAUCAGGUCGUUUCCAGCCCUACACGAGCGUUUCAGGCUGCUGGAGCCAUCUACACUUAGCGAGGAGAUGUCUGAGAGUGAUCAAGUAAACCCAAGCAUCUAGACAGUAAAACUGUUCCCUUUUGUGGCCCUCUUGUUAUUCAGCUCGCUUUUUCUAUUUCCUUCCUUUAUUAUCCAGUCUUCUCAUAAAAUCUCCCUCAGUAUAUUUUGCUUAAAGUUAAGACUUAGAUAAAACUUGUUGUUUAUUAUCAUCCGGAAUGGUGGGUUUGGUAGUUUUUCUAUUAUUUAAUAGAGUCUUACCCCAAUGAAGUGAAGAAUUCCACUCAGAUUUCAAGAUAAGUCAAUUAUCAUUGCUCCCUACAUCAUAAAGUCUGUGUGACAAAGUUUGAUAAAAAUAUAGAACCUAAAACAAAUUAUUUUACAAUUUACCAAAAAGGACACGAAGAGAAAAAUUUACUCCCCAGAACAAAAUGGUUUCUGGUCAACACUACAAGGAGUUACUUGUAUGCAUCAUACUUCUGAUCUUUGAAUAUUUUAAAUUUGUAUGUGC